AUGGCGCUGCUGCCUCUAGAGGACCCGCCGGAGGCGCCGGCGAGGCACUCUGAGGCCUCAGACAGGGCAGCCUGUGUCCUCUAUCCCUCUCUUGGGGGCCAUCUGUCUCAGACCAGGGGCCUGCGAUCCGUCUCGGUCCCGCGGGAGCAGGCAUUUCUGAUCAGGCGUACUUCGGGCAGCCGCUCCCGGGGUCCCUUGCGGCAGCAUCCCGGGGGCCUCCGGGGACCUCGGAGCAAGAUGGCGGCGGCGGCGGGGUCCGUGAGGCGCGGGCGGCGGCGACCGCGGCGCCAGUGA